ACAACACAACACAACAGCGUGGAACGAGACAACUAAGUACGAAAAUCGUUAUCCGCCGCAACAGCCACUAAGAUGUUCUUUGAGUCUUGGCACGCCACGUGUCAGAACUGCCAACAGAUAGCCCCAUCUCUUUCUCCUUCUCCCUAAACCUCGAACUCAGCACCCCCAUCCACUGGUGAUUGUUUGAUUGAGCCUUGAAGAAAUGGACCACAGCGCUGAUGCACAUCGCACGGACUUGAUGACCAUAACGCGGUUCGUGCUGAACGAGCAAUCCAAGCACCCCGAGUCACGCGGCGAUUUCACCAUCUUGCUCAGUCACAUUGUUCUCGGUUGCAAGUUCGUUUGUUCCGCUGUCAGCAAGGCUGGUCUUGCUAAACUUAUUGGACUCGCUGGAGAAACCAAUGUUCAGGGUGAAGAACAGAAGAAACUUGAUGUUCUUUCCAAUGAGGUUUUCAUCAAGGCUCUCAUAAGCAGUGGCCGAACAUGCAUCUUGGUUUCUGAAGAAGACGAAGAAGCGAUAAUUGUGGAGCCUUCUAAGCGCGGAAAGUACUGUGUUUGCUUUGACCCAUUGGAUGGCUCGUCCAACAUUGAUUGUGGGGUUUCCAUUGGCACAAUUUUUGGGGUUUAUGCGUUGAAAGAUGUCCAUGAACCAACCAUAGAAGAUGUCCUGCUUCCUGGGAAGAACAUGGUGGCAGCUGGUUACUGUAUGUAUGGAAGCUCUUGCACGCUUGUGUUAAGCACUGGAGCAGGUGUUAAUGGUUUCACCCUUGACCCAUCUCUUGGUGAGUUCAUCCUAACUCACCCUAACAUUAAGAUCCCAAAGAAAGGUAAAAUUUAUUCAGUGAAUGAAGGAAAUGCCAAAAACUGGGAUCGUCCUACUGCUACUUACGUUGAAAAAUGCAAGUUUCCUGAAGAUGGUUCAUCACCAAAGUCUCUAAGAUAUAUUGGAAGCAUGGUAGCUGAUGUUCAUCGUACGUUGCUUUAUGGAGGCAUCUUUUUGUACCCUGCUGACAAAAAAAGUCCAAAUGGAAAACUUCGUGUCCUGUAUGAAGUCUUCCCAAUGUCAUUCUUGAUGGAACAGGCAGGAGGACAGUCUUUCACGGGCAAGGAACGGGCACUUGAUUUAGUUCCAACGAAGUUGCAUGAGCGAUCUCCCAUAUUCCUUGGUAGCUAUGAUGAUGUUGAGGAAAUCAAAGCUCUUUAUGCUGCUGCUGAGGGUGAACAAGAAUGAAAUUGGAAAGGUUUCUUGUAUCUUUCGCUACUUACAAGCGCUUGUUUUCUAAUUGUUACUAGCAAGUGCUUAUAAGAAAACUAGUUAUCUGGUCAUGUAUAUGUUAAUAAAAUUGGUUGAUGUGCCUGUCAGGGCUAUAGAAUUUAUUUAGAUAAAAUACUUAGAUUAAAGUAUCAUUUUGUUGCUGAAGAAGUAUAACUGCUUACUUUCCCCCAAGAUGCAUUUCAAAGUUAAAUCCGCA